CGAGGCUAGAGGACACGGUUCCGUAUCCGUCCAGGCAUUCAAAGCCGGUGGCCAUCGUAUACUGUUACCCUUCUACGAACACGUUUCUUGUCCUUCACUAGUCGCUCUCUAAACGUCUGUCGCAACCCAGAGUUUGCGUCUUCUUUCCCAAGCUUCGCCAGUCUCAGUCCCAGACAUCAGCCACCCAGCACCCGCGCGACUCCUAUUACCUACCCACUUGUCCAACUCCACCACCAAAAAGCCUCUUCAUCAGACGCACACCACCGACGCACCCAAAUGAGCAAACGCGCCUCGCGAUCAAAGAACCGCGGCUCUGUACUACGUGAGCAGAGCUCCACCGACUCCCUGCAGGAAAAGAAGAACGGAAAUGCAAAUUCCACGGCCAUGAACAGCGCCAUGUUGGAACAUCGGCGCAAACAUUCGUCCUUCGACAGCAACUCGCCAUCGAGCCAGGCUGCAUCCCUCAUGGGCAACUCCAACUUUUCGCUCGAUGACGAUGUGCCCAAGCUGGGCCAAGAAGACGAAGGAACGUCCAAGGGUUUCUUCGAGCUGUCCAAGAAGGACCAGAGCAACUUCCUCCUCCUCGUGCUGCUGUACUUCCUUCAGGGCAUACCCAUGGGCCUAGCGCACGGCUCGGUGCCAUUCCUGCUCAAACACAACGUGUCCUACGCUGCCAUUGGUGUCUUCUCGCUCGCAGCCUACCCGUACUCGCUAAAACUCCUUUGGAGUCCCAUCGUGGAUGCGGUAUGGUCACCAAAAGUCGGACGCCGGAAGAGUUGGAUCUUACCCAUCCAGACCAUUUCUGGCUUCUCCAUGAUCUGGUUAGGCAAGAACAUCAACCGCAUGAUGAAGGAGGCGGGCGAGACCGACAGCGGGGUCUGGACUUUCACGUGGUGGUGGUUUGCGCUCGUAUUCCUUUGCGCCACUCAGGACAUCGCUGUGGAUGGUUGGGCGUUGACCCUUCUCUCCAAGGAGAAUCUCGCAUACGCAUCGACUGCGCAAACCGUCGGCCUGACCGCUGGCCAGUUCCUUUCCUACACGGUCUUCCUGGCCUUCAACUCCAAAGACUUUGCGAACAAGUGGUUUCGCAGCACUCCUGCAGACACCGGCAUCAUGGAGCUUGAUGGCUACUUGAGCUUCUGGGGGUGGGCAUACCUGAUAGUCACUCUUGGACUGGCAGUCAUGAAACGCGAAGACCGCGAUAAGAACGGCGAUGGCAUCGGAGAGGUUUACCGCACCAUGUGGGGCAUCUUGAAGUUGAAGAACAUUCAAAGCUUCAUCAUUAUCCACCUCAUCGCCAAGAUCGGAUUCCAAGCCAACGAUGCUGUCACGAGUCUGAAGCUCCUAGACAAAGGCCUCAAACAGGAGCAGCUUUCUCUCGUCAUUCUUGUAGACUUUCCCGUCGAGGUCUUUUUAGGCUACUACAUCGGAAAAUGGUGCCAGACCUACCCGCCGAUGCACAUCUGGUGUUGGUCCUUCAUCGGCCGCCUAGUUGCUGCGGGGUUCGCGCAGUUUGUCGUGUCCAUCUUCCCGGCUGGAGGAGCAUCGUCAGGUUUCCUGAUGCUGGUCAUUGCUGAGCAUGUGCUGUCGACCUUCAUGAAUACCGUCAUGUUCGUCGCAGUCAGCGCGUUCCACGCAAAGAUCUCUGAUCCGCUCAUUGGUGGUACCUAUAUGACGCUGCUCGCUACCGUCUCCAACCUCGGCGGUACGUUCCCACGCUACUUUGUCCUCAAAGCCGUCGACAUGUUUACUUCGGCAACCUGCAUACCACCUACGGAUGUUCCCAAGGCAGAUUUUUUGAAGGGGCCACUCAUUACACAGGCCUUCUCUUGCUCCCUAGAGGCAGAGAAGCAUCGCUGCCAGGCAGGCGGUGGUGUCUGCAACGUCACGAGUGACGGAUAUUACAUUGUGAAUAUUCUAUGUAUUGUGAUUGGUGUAGUGACGUUCUGGGGCUACAUCAAACCUGCCGUUAUGCGUAUACAGGCGUUGCCGUUAAGGGCAUGGAGGAUCGCUGGAUAGAUAGAUGACCUACCAAGUGUACGAUAUAGAUGCAAAGCUUGAAUUUAGAUGAAAGCACAUUGCACGGCUAUAGGCAGGCUGUUGACCUAAAACUUUUUGGAUCCAGAAACAUGGCAACAAUCCGUCUCCAAGCCGCUUGCGCACGUAUGUGCCGCGCUCGCGCGUUCUCCCGUGACCAGGCGUGCUGAUCGGCCAAUAGUGGGUGGCCUUAUGCACCAGUGUAAGCCACGCCGUCUGGAGCGCAUGCAGGUACGUUCGCGCCGCAGUACAUGUCUCAGACCGCUCAAAAAAGGAUCAAACUAUGCAAGGGUUUGCUCACAAACGACCUGCAACAGUCGGGCGGUUGUGACUUGGAAUUGUUGGGUGAAAGAACUUUAGCGGCUCGCAGUUGUCAGUCAUGAGAUGGUCUGGGACCGUUCUGUAAGCAGGCCGAGUCUCG